AUGGUGGCCUUCACAGCUCAGGCCCUGCCCUCGGGCCCGCCUGCCAUGGCUCUAUCUCAGCCGGACUACGGGCUUACGGGGGAGGAGAGGGGCGCUGCACUGGUGCCGUGGCAGCAGCUGCCUGUGGCGCGCACCGACAGCAAUGAGCUGGAGGAUGCGCGCUGGUUCCAUCGGGACUUCAUUCGAGCGCUUCUCAACGACUCCGCCUGCAACACCUGGCUGCAGCAGCCGCUUGCUGCAGACGCCUCCGCAGCCCCCCCUGCACCGCCCUAUCAGCCCUCUGGCACCACGUGGGCCUUCCCCCCACUCCCGCGCUCUGCUGUCGCCAUCCCUGGCCCCCAUGCCAUCGCGCACUCGCUGCUGGCGGGCUGGGCCAGGGGGGAUGGGGUAGGGGUGGGUGGGGAGGGAGGGGAGGGAAAGGAGGGCGUGGAGGACGGGGACUGGCCUGGAGAAAGGGUGCCUGACGUGGAUAUUGACACAGGCACAUUCAAGUAUGUGCUCAUGCGCCUCAAGUCGCCAGAGAAUGGCCGUUCCAAGCUGAUAGUGCGAGGGGACAAGAGGGCGCCUUUCCACAACGAUGUGCUACAGCACACGGCACGCUUCAUGGCGGCCCUGGGGCUUAAGGUGGAGGCUGUGGGUGGCGGUCGAAUCAACCACGAUGCUGCAAAGAAGCAAAUCACCAUCUAUGGCUUUUCACAG